AUGGAGGGCAGCAAGAACCAGGAGGCUGAGGACGGCUCUUACCUUUGUUUCCAGAGAACUCCUUCUCUCAGACGCAAAUGGAGGAAACGGUACGGCGGUCUGGACGGAAACAAACUGCUGGAGCCCAAUAAAGACCCAGACAUGAGAGACGAUGGAGGGAUGACAGACGGGAACCAUCAGAGGAACGCUGAGAACCAGUCAGCACCUCGUCCAGCUCCCAGGAGUCUGAUCCAGAACCAGGUCCAGACUGCAGUCCACAAUCCGGUCCAGAAACCCGUCAGCAAACCCGUCAGCCUCGUCAGUCCUGGACCUGCAGCGGUCCCAGUGUCGGUGGUUAACGGCGGCCUGAAGCCCCCCCUCCCCCAGGCGGUGGUCCAGCCCGAGGACCGAGGCCUCAGGUUCCCCCCCCAGCAGAGUCCGUCCAAACGCAGAGCGGCUGCUGAUGUGCUGUUUGACAGCUUCGCCUCGGACGGAAGAAUCAACAUCAACCAGUUCUUUGAGGCCAUCUGGAGCUCUGGGCUGCACCGGUCCGACCCUCGGCUCAGAGAGUGUUUCUUCCACCUCAGGAAACUGCAGGACGCCGAGGGAUCAGUGGACAGAAACACCUUUCACAGGUGCGUCACAGGAUUCGUCUCUCUGAUCCUAAAAGCCCUGCAGGGACGAUUCGUCAUCCCAGAUUUUUCAACCUUCACCGAAGAAACUCAGAAGUUGUUUUCGAGGUGUCGUCAGCUGUUGUCUGUCCAGGAGAAAGAGAAGGAAAGCAUGGACAGCACCAAGUGGGGCGUCUCAAUCUGCACUGUGGACGGACAGAGGUUGUCUCUGGGUGACUGGUCCAGUUCUCUGGUUCUGGGUGAGGUGUCAUGGCCGCUGGUUUACGGCGUGGCGGUGGACCUUCUGGGUUCUGACCUCGUCCACCGAUACGUCGGCAUGGAGACGUACUCCAGACACGACUCUCCAUUCACACUCACCAAAACAGGAAUCCCUCACAGUCCGCUCACUGAGACGGGAGCCAUCGUUACGACAUCUUUACUGCAGCUGGCGGGUCGACUGUGUGCUGAGGAAGAGGAGAAGUACGACUCAGUUCUGAACGUCAUCCGGAGGCUCUGCAACAAGGAGCACGCCAACUUAAACUGCACCAGUUAUCAGAGCAGCAGGUCGUCCAGCGUCAGACUUCACGCUCUGUCCUUCUACCUUCAGGAGAAAAAGUGUUUUCCAGAUAAAGUGGACGUUAACGCUGCGUUGGAUCUCCUGCUGCAGUGCUCCUCUACAGAGAUCACCUGUGAGUCCGGAGCCGCCAUGGCCGCCUCUCUGGCCAAUGGGGGCCUCUGCCCGCUGUCAGGUGACCAGGUGCUGUCGCCGGGGGCAACACGGAGCAUGCUGUCUGUGAUGCAGGUGGCUGGGAUGAAGGAUUACUCCUCCACCUUCCUCUUCAAGACGUCGGUACCGGCGGCGUCCAGCAGCCUCGGCUCCCUGCUGGCGGUGGUUCCUGGUGUUCUGGGUCUGAUGGCGUUCUCUCCGGAGACGGACGCCUGUGGAAACCCCACGAGGGCCGUCCACUUCUGUCAGGAACUGAUUUCCACGUUUCAGCUGCACAGUUUUGACAUCAGGACUCCGUUCAGACAGAUUCUGGCCUACAGACAGUGGAAAUCUGAAUCUGAGGGAUUCCAGAUCAUGAACGUCCUGCUGGCAGCUUUUAAAGGAGACGUCCAGGCUCUGAGGAGGUAUUUCCUGUCUGGAGUGGACGUGAACGCGGUCGACUACGACGGCAGGUCGGCUCUGCACGUGGCGGCCGCCGAAGGUCACACAGAGGUCAUCCGCUUCCUGCUGCAGAACACCGGGGCCAACAAGGCCCUCAGGGACCGGUGGGGGAGCUCUCCUCUUCAGGAGGCCACGAGACACAACAGGGAUGCUGCUGUCCACCUGCUGCAGGAGCCCAUCUGA